AUGUCCUCUGCCGCGGAACAGACCAGCUCGACACGCAAAAGUGUAGAAAAAGUAGAUCUUAGCUCCCCAGCCUUGCAAGAGGGCGACAGAAGGUCUAGUUUGUCGGAUGCUGACACAUAUGACACUGAUGACUCGGAUGACUCGGAUUUGACCCUUGAGCGACAUGAAGAUCAUAUGGAUCGAGUUUACUACUCGAAUCCGUUCGAACUUCCUGGAGAAGAGUGGCAUUGGUUCCAUGACUGGCUUGACACAGGGAUCGAUACCUUUGCAAAUGGCAAGCUCUACGAAGAACCAACAACUCAGAACUGGCUGGCAAAGUUACAUUUGUCGCACCGAGAAAACGUUGCACAGCUCCUCAAAGUGCACGACUUCCUUGGGAUAUGUAGAAUUCCCCUCUUCGAAGCUGAUAAUGGAGACGAAUAUCAGAUCAAACUUUCUACUUCAUGUACACGCUUGCCAAUAAUAUGCUGUCCUGAUAUCUUACGUGGCAGAAAAUGGGACAUGAAGGAUCUGAUUUUCGAGUUUCGGAGCCGCGAUGAUUUAUCCUUGGAUGCACGAAAGGGGAAAGUUCCCGGGCUUCCUAAAUUUGCCCUGGAUUUGGGAAGCUUGGAAGUUAGGACUACUGCAACACCGGAGCGACAUUAUCUCACCAGUGGCGAGCGUGUCACCGAAUGCACAGGUUACCAAGUCAUAGUAGACGUUCUUGGUGACGGCAUGCCGCUGUGGAUCACCGCGGCGCGAAGGCAGUUGCAAACACGCAACACAGGCGCAGUCAACCAACCGAAAUCAGUUUAUCCCAUCUUCAAAGACCAUAUGCUUGGAGACAAUGGCGGUUUUGAUACCGCUUGUUUCUUACCAUCAAUUCAUCAACUUCCUACUUCGAAGCCAGAGACCACGGAGGCAAUAUUUCGACAAGCUUGCGAACUGGUGAGAAAAACGAGGGUCAGCGUUGAUCCUGUAGCUGUCAUAAUACCGAAGGAGACAGUUGACGAGUAUUUUGCAAAUCACCCGACUCAGACGCACGUAUUAGGAAUCAAUUUCAAACAGCUCUUGGGUGGUGUGAAGUCGAGGAUCUGGACAUUUUUGGGAAAGUAA